AUGUAUUGUUCUGGCAGAACUGUUUUUUCUUCAACUUUAGGAAAUCAGAUUUUCAAACGUCUUCAGAGCACUUUAGUCAUAGCUGAACAUAACAAUGAUGCAGUAUCACCUGUCACCAGAAAUACUCUCACAGCAGCUUCUCAAAUCGGUGGAGAAGUUUCAUUGCUUGUGGCUGGGGAAAGCUGUGGAAAGGCUGCUUCAGAAGCUGCAAAGCUCCCUGGUCUAGCAAAAGUUCUUGUUGCUGACAGUGCUCAUUUUAAAGGCUUCCUUCCAGAGAGUUUAACUGCUCUUGUCUUAGCUCUUCAAAAUCAACACAAAUUUUCACAUAUUCUAGCACCAGCUACAGCAUUCGGUAAAGCAUUCCUACCCCGAUUAGCUGCAAAGCUUGAUGUAUCUCCAGUUACUGAUGUGAUUGAAAUUAAAGGUGCUGAUACAUUUGUUCGAACAAUAUAUGCUGGAAAUGCUGUUCUAACAUUAAAAAGUAAAGACCCUGUGAAGAUUUUAAGUGUUCGUGGUACAAGCUUUGCACCGGCAGCUGGUGAUGGUAAUGCUACACCAGAAAAAGCUGCUGACGGGGAUUAUGCUGCCCCAAAAACCACGUUUGUUAGUCAAGAAUUAAGUAAAAGUGAUAGGCCUGAACUCACUGCUGCUAAAGUUGUGAUAAGUGGAGGAAGAGGAAUGAAAUCUGGAGACAAUUUUAAACUGUUGUAUACCUUAGCUGAUAAAAUGGGUGCAGCUGUUGGAGCUUCGCGUGCUGCUGUAGAUGCUGGAUUUGUACCAAAUGAUUUACAAGUUGGACAGACUGGCAAGAUAGUUGCACCGGAAUUAUAUAUAGCUGUUGGUAUUAGUGGUGCCAUUCAGCAUCUUGCUGGUAUGAAAGAUUCGAAGACAAUAGUAGCAAUCAACAAAGACCCUGAAGCACCUAUUUUUCAAGUAGCAGACUUUGGACUUGUAGCUGAUUUAUUCAAAGCUGUUCCAGAACUUACCGGAAAAAUAUAA